AUGUCCUUCCUCCGAGCCAAAACCACCGCUUCCAGCCUCCUCCGACUUACCCCAUCCCGAUCUGCAGCCAUCAUCCCCCGUGUGGCCGUGGCUACUCCUCAAUGUUUACUUAAACGCGAUGCCUCAACGGCUCCUUCACAUGCCGUUUCCGCUCCAACCUUGGCCGACAUCGAGAAGAGAUGGGAGAACAUGCCCCCGCAGGAACAGGCAGAACUAUGGAUGGCUUUGAGAGAUAGGAUGAAGGGCUCGUGGGCUGACCUUACAUUGGCAGAGAAGAAAGCUUCAUACUGGAUAGCAUUUGGCCCUCACGGACCCCGCCGGGGAGACCCUCCAGGCGAGAAUUGGUACGUAUUCAAGGGUACCGUUGGAGUUCUGAUCCUUACCGGUGUCAUCUUCUUCGGUGGUCAUGCACUCUCUGCUAAACCAGCACCGAAGACCAUGACCAAGGAAUGGCAAGAGAUGUCGAACGAGUACCUCAAGGAGCAGAAAUCCGAGCCCAUCACCGGAUUUUCUUCCCCAGAUUACAAGGGCCCGGGUAUGGUUCAGAGCAAGUAA